GAAAUGCUUACUGAUACAAUGAACAACUCAACAACAUCUUAUGCCGGUUAUAAUGCUGGAUUCCAACUGGGUCAAAAUGUUGGUCAAAUACACAACAAUUACUAUAACCAACUAGACGAUUCAAAGGCUACUGAUCCUGAGCUUGACAAGAAGCGGAUCCAAGAGGAGAAGGGUGGCCUUCUUCGAGACUCAUACCGUUGGGUGCUCGACCAUGAUGACUUUAAAGACUGGAGAUACACUGCAGGCAAUCAGUUUCUCUGGAUCAAAGGUGAUCCCGGUAAAGGCAAGACAAUGCUAAUUUGUGGUAUUAUUGAUGAGCUUUCCAAGAAAGCUACCCAAGACGAUAUCAAUAUUGCCUACUUCUUCUGCCAAGCCACCAAUAAUCGUAUAAACAGUGCUACAGCAAUUCUACAAGGACUUGUUAUCAUGAUUGGGAAGAAACAGCCUCUGCUCCAGAAACAUCUACCUGCGAAGUUCCUUGACAAUGAGAAUGGGUGGUUCGAAUUACGCAACGUUUUUCAGAAGAUACUCCAAGAUCCGGCUAUGAAGAAGACCUACCUAAUAAUUGAUGCACUGGACGAGUGUGUUAUUGAUCAAAAUAGAAUUCUUGAAUUUCUUGAAGAGGAAUCAUCAGGGCAUCAACACGUGAAAUGGAUUGUCUCAAGUCGAAACUGGCCGAGCAUCGAGAAAUAUCUCAACAACACAACAGGAAUCAGACUUCAGCUUGAGCUGAAUGAAGGCAAUUUAACUGCUGCUGUUGACUACUUUAUCAAGUAUAAAGUAGAGGAAUUAUCAAAGAGAAACAGAUACACCCUGGAAAAGAGAAAGAUGGUUGAGAGUCACUUGUUACUAAAUGCAAAAGGAACCUUCCUCUGGGUUGCUUUGGUUUGCCAGCAACUGAGAGAUAUUUCGGCCAGACAUCUCCAGCAAGAGCUGAAGGACUUUCCUCCUGGGCUUGAUCAAUUAUACCGUCGAAUGUUUCGCAACAUCGAGGACAUGAAGUAUGAUGUUGAGCUCUGUCUGACAUUGCUUGGAAUCAUCACAACUGUCGAUCGUCCUAUCACCGUGAAUGAGUUAUCAUUAUAUCUCGAACCUCGGGAUGAGAUUGUUUACGAUGAUCUUCCAGAGAUUAUAAAGCUCUGUGGUUCCUUUAUAACUCUUCAAGAUUGUACAAUCACCCUGGUCCAUCAAUCGGCACAAGACUUUCUUCUGAGAGAGACAUCUCAAAAAAUACAUUCUGAUGGAUUGCAAGAGAUACACUACUCUAUUUUCUCUAAGUCUUUGCGAACUUUGCAAAAGAUGCUGCGACGCAAUAUAUACAAGGUCAACGACCCUACACUUUCAAUCAGUCAAAUUAAGCAGCCAGACCCAGAUCCGCUAGCCGCAAUGCGGUACGCAUGUGUGUAUUGGGUAAAUCAUCUCAAUCACUACUUGGAUAAGAUAAAGACAGAGGAACGACAGGAAGGUUUUUCUUUGAUUAAUACAUUCCUAUGCCAAGACUUACUGCAUUGGCUUGAAGCUCUUAGCCUGUCAGGAAGUAUAGCAGAAGGAGCAAGAUCAAUGCUCAGGCUUGAAGAAUUGUUAAAGAGAAGAACAAACAACUUACAGCUGAUUGACAGAGUUCAGGAUGCAUACCGCUUCAUCAUAGAUCAUAAGACAAUGAUAGAGAAUUACCCACUUCAAGUAUACACUUCGGCAAUAUUCUUUAGCCCUCGGAGCAGUAUUACGAGAACUCAAUUUGAGUCUGAGGAACUGAAAUGGAUGAAUGCUAAGUCAAUGAUAGGCGAGAGCUGGAGCGCCUGCCUGCAGACGCUCGAGGGCCACGGUAGCUUGGUCAACUCAGUGGUCUUCUCGCAUGACUCUAAGUGGCUGGCGUCUGCUUCCCGUGAUAAGACUGUCAAGCUAUGGGACGCCGCCAGCGGCGCUUGCCUGCAGACGAUCGAGGGCCACAGUAGCUCGGUCAACUCAGUGGUCUUCUCGCCUGACUCUAAGCGGCUGGCGUCUGCUUCCCAUGAUAAGACUGUCAAGCUGUGGGACGCCGCCAGCGGCGCCUGUCUGCAGAUGCUCGAGGGCCACGGAGACUCGGUCAACUCAGUGGUCUUCUCGCCUGAUUCUAAGCGGCUGGCGUCUACUUCUAACGAUAAGACCGUCAAGCUGUGGGAUGCCGCCAGCGGCGCCUACCUGCAGACGCUCGAGGGCCAUGGUGACUGGGUCAACUCAGUGGUCUUCUCGCCUGACUCUAAGUGGUUGGUAUCUGCUUCCAGCGAUAAGACGAUCAAGCUAUGGGACGCCGCCAGCGGCGCCUGCCUACAGACGCUUGAGGGCCACGGUAGCUCGGUCAACUCAGUGGUCUUCUCGCAUGACUCUAAGCGGCUGGCGUCUGCUUCCUGCGAUAAGACUAUCAAGCUAUGGGACGCCGCCAGCGGCGCCUGCCUACAGACGCUCGAGGGCCACGGAGGCUGGGUCAACUCAGUGGUCUUCUCGCAUGACUCUAAGCGGCUGGCGUCUACUUCCCACGAUAGUACCAUCAAGCUGUGGGACGCCGCCAGCGGCGCCUGCCUGCAGACGCUCGAGGGCCACGGUAGCUGGGUCAGCUCAGUGGUCUUCUCGCCUGACUCUAAGCGGCUGGCGUCUGCUUCCCACGAUAGUACCGUCAAGCUGUGGGAUACCGCCAGCGGCGCCUGCCUGCAGACGCUCGAGGGCCACAGAGACUCGGUCAACUCAGUGGUCUUCUCGCCUAACUCUAAGCAGCUAGCGUCUGCUUCUGACGACAAGACCAUCAAGCUGUGGGAUGCCGCCAGCGGCGCCUGCCUGCAGACGCUCAAGGGCCAUGGUGACUCGGUCAACUCAGUGGUCUUCUCGCCUGACUCUAAGCGGCUGGUAUCUGCUUCCAGCGAUAAGACUAUUAAGCUGUGGGAUGCCAGCGGCGCCUGCCUGCAAAUGCUCAAGGGCCACGGUGGCUGGGUCAACUCAGUGGUCUUCUCACAUGAUUCUAAGCGGCUAGCGUCUACUUCCCGCGAUAGUACCAUCAAGCUGUGGGACGCCGCCAGCGGCGCCUGCCUGCAGACGCUCGAGGGUCACGGUAGCUGGGUCAGCUCAGUGGUCUUCUCGCCUGACUCUAAGCGGCUGGCGUCUACUUCCCACGAUAGUACCGUCAAGUUGUGGGACGCCGCCAGCGGCGCUUGCCUGCAGACGCUCGAGGGCCACGGUAGCUCGGUCAACUCAGUAGUCUUCUCGCAUGACUCUAAGCGGCUGGCGUCUACUUCCGAUGAUAAGACUGUCAAGCUGUGGGAUGCCGCCAGCGGCGCCUGUCUGCAGACUCUUGAGGGCCACGGAGACUCGGUCACAAAACAUGAUCUGGGUGUCUUUAUCUUAUAUUACCUUGCAAACUCGCCAUCUUCCCAAGCUAAUCCCGAAAAACUGUAUUCUCACGGAUUUGGAAUAAGUUCUGAUCGAACCUGGAUUACAUGGAACUCAGUAAAGCUGUUGAAGUUGCCAUCAAUAUUCAAGAUAUCAGCCUCUGCUGUAACAUCUUCGACUAUUUGUAUUGGUUUUCACUUAGGGCAAGUCCUUAUACUGAGCCGCGAUAGUCACUAGGUUUAUCUGCC